AUGACGAACAAGCGCUCUGGUGGUGGUGGCGAUUCUGACGAAGGCGACAAGGCGAACCAAAUGAAGAAAAAAUAUAAACGCAACUCACACAAUGACAACGAUGAUCAGACUAAGGAUAACGUAACUGGAACAAAGGAGAAGUCCUUCAAGGAGACUCUUUUAGGCGCUUCAUCUGGGCAAGUCUCAAAAGACCAGAAAGGCCGUGGGGUGUUUGAUGAUGCUUGGGCCGAGUACAUCAAGGGACUCCAGUGCUAUUUUAGCAAGGAAAAUGCUGACGAUAAGAUCCAUGGACCUACGAAAGGUGUCGACAUUGAUGACGAGGAUUGCCCCACGCUGAGAAUUACUCAGGAGGAAUAUGAACAGUGGUGUGCACCCGGGAGGAACUCCCUCAUCGUCAAACUUCUCGAGAAAUCAGUACCUCUUUGGGUUAUGAAGGAGAGUCUGCAAAAAAUGUGGAAGACUGAGAAGUCAUUCACCACGAGGGAUAUCAAUAACGGCUACUUUCUUGUAUCGUUCGAGGAUGAGAAUGAUAUGAUCAAUAUUUAUCAAGAGGGACCCUGGAUGGUUUCCGACAGGUACUUGGUGGUUCAAAGGUGGCGACUGAAUUUUGAUCCAUGGAAUGCGGAACUUCAUAAGAAAAUUGUGAUAUGGUUGAGGAUUCCACUUCUUCCUCUUGAGUUCUUCAACGCAGCCAGUUUUCAACGAAUUGGGUCCUUGAUAGGGAGAACUCUGAAGAUCGACCGUGUGACUUAUGCUAGUGAGCGCGGCAAGUUUGCACGCAUUUGUGUCGAGAUUGACUUAAACAAAAAACUAAGAUCCUCUUUUAACCUCUUUGGGACGAGAAGACGCAUCGAGUAUGAAGGGUUGCACCUUAUUUGUUUCUGCUGUGGUGUUUAUGGCUACCAUAGGGACGUUUGCCCAGAACGAGAGACCCACGUAGUCUCCAACAAUAACCAGGCUCCAAAUUCUACUCAGGAAGGUUCACAGGAGUUUAGUGCAACACAUGAGCAGACUAGAAGGUACGCUGAGUCAGAACAAGCAAGUAUCAAUGUGGAGGAUGGAACUGCUGGUGAAAAGAGACCUCGAAUGGUCAUGGAGAGCCCGACGGCGGCAAUGGGUGGUGCACAACCGCAAAAGGAAGGUCUCGGAGUUUGGAAACCUCGUCCAACGUUCACGGAGACGCUUACCAGGAAACACCGAAAAAUCAGGAGGGGUAAAUCAUGUAGCAAAGAUCAUGGGGCGAUCACAUGCUAA